AUGUCUCUUCUUCUGUGGUGGUCCCUAUACUACCCUGUUUCUAUUUCCCCUCUGACAGAAGCCACCUCUACCCAGCCAGCCUGCUCCCCGCAGGGGGCCUUUGAGCUGCCUGGGUUUUCAGCCCAGGGUGACUUCAUGAUGGGGGGGAUCUUUCCCCUUCACUACCGGGUGGAGCUGCCUGGCACGGACUACACCCACCAGCCCCUGGCAGCACUGUGUCAAGGGUUUGACCCGAGGGCUUUCCGCUGGGCUCAGACCAUGAGGCUGGCAGUGGAGGAAAUCAACCAGAGUGAGCAGCUGCUGCCCAACCACACGCUGGGCUACAAGAUCUUUGACUCGUGUGCCACGCCAGUCACGGCUCUGAGAGCAGUGUUGGCGAUGCUGAACGGACAGGGUGAAGAACAGAGCCCUAUGUGUUCUGGUGCCAGCCCGUUAAUAGCCAUGGUAGGGGAGUCUGGCUCCUCACAGUCCAUUGUUUUGUCCAGAACUCUGCAGCCCUUCAGAAUCCCCAUGAUCAGCUAUUUCUCCACCUGCUCGUGCCUGAGUGACAGGAAAGAAUACCCRACGUUCUUCAGAGUGGUUCCAAAUGACGACUACCAGGUGAAGGCCAUCGCCAGUCUGCUUCAGCGUUUCGGCUGGAAGUGGAUUGGUGUGAUCCGCGAGGACCACGACUACGGCCACUUCGCCCUGCAGGGCCUGAAGAGGGAGAUCCAGAACACAGAUGUMUGUCUGGCCUAUGAUGAGAUGAUCCCUAAAGACUACAGCAGAGAGAGGGUCCUGCAGAUCYUGGAGGUGAUGAGGCACUCCACAGCGCGGGUGGUGAUAGUCUUCUCUGGGGAGGGAGAAUUAUACCCUUUCCUCAAGGAGUUUGUCAAGCAGAACAUCACUGGUACCCAGUGGGUGGCCAGUGAGGCCUGGGUCACUGCCAAUGUGCUGGCAGAGACUUAUCCAUUCCUGGAUGGGACUAUUGGCUUCGCCAUCCGCUCAGGGAAAGUCCCAGGGCUCAGGGACUACCUGCAGACGGUGAACCCCCGCARCCCCCUGAUGCCCCCCUGCUCAGGGCAGGAGACUCUUCUGGAGCAGCACUCAGCCUACAUGAACACCUCCAGCCCCAGAGUGGCCUAUAAUGUGUACAAGGCUGUGUACGCCAUCGCUCACUCACUGCACAACCUCCUCCACUGCCAGGCUGGGGCAGGACCCUUCCACAACCGCUCCUGCGCUCACAGCACCAACGUUCACCCCUGGCAGCUCCAGCAAUAUCUCCAGGACGUGUCCUUCAACGUAUCUGGAGAAAAUAUGAACUUUGACCAGAAAGGGGACGCCAUCCCAUCCUAUGACCUCAUCAACUGGCAGAGGGGGCCAAACGGAGGUCCCCGCUUUGUCACAGUGGGGCUGUAUGAUGGCUCAAAGGACUCUGGGAAGGAGCUGGCAAUCCAGCAAGAGAAGAUACUGGUGGUCUCCGUGUGCAGUGCCAGCUGUGCUCCAGGAUCCAGGAAGGCUGUCCGUCGUGGGGAACCUCUGUGCUGCUUUGACUGUGUACCAUGUGACAGCGGCAAGAUUAGUUAUCAGACAGAUUCUAUAGACUGCAAAGAAUGUCCCGAGGACUUCUGGUCAAACACUGAUGGAACAAUGUGCAUCCCCAAAGUGGUGGAGUUCCUUUCCCAUGAUGCAAUGGGGAUAGCCCUGACUGUGAUCGCUGUAGUGGGCGCCUGUCUGACCGUGUCCGUCCUGGCAGUCUUCCUCCAUCACAGGACCACUCCCAUCGUCCGCGUCAACAACUCUGAGCUGAGUUUCUUUAUCCUUCUCUCCCUGACUCUGUGCUUCCUGUGUGCACUGAUGUUCAUCGGGGAGCCCACCUCCUGGUCCUGCAUGCUGCGCCACACUGCCUUCAGCAUCACCUUCUCCCUCUGCAUCUCCUGCAUCCUGGGCAAGACUCUGGUGGUCCUGGCAGCCUUCACUGCCGCCAGGCCUGGGAACAACAUUAUGAAGUGGCUGGGGCCCAAACAGCAGAGGGUCAUCAUAUUCUCCUGCACCCUGGUUCAGGUGCUGAUCUGUGCUGCCUGGCUCAUGGCUGCUCCUCCCUACCCUUCCAGAAAUAUCCAGGACCAACGCUCUAAGAUCAUUCUGGAGUGCAGUGUGGGCUCCCAACUGGCCUUCUGGUGCGUUCUGGGAUACAUCGGCCUCYUGGCCUGUCUGUGCUUCAUCCUGGCAUUUCUGGCCCGGAAACUGCCAGGCAACUUUAAUGAGGCCAAGUUCAUCACUUUCAGCAUGCUGAUCUUCUGUGCCGUGUGGAUCUCCUUCAUCCCUGCCUACGUCAGCUCUCCUGGGAAGUACACAGUAGCUGUAGAGAUCUUUGCCAUCCUGGCCUCCAGCUUUGGGCUGCUGUUCUGUCUGUUUGCUCCAAAGUGUUACAUCAUCCUCCUGAAGCCAGAGAAGAACACUAAACAACAUCUCAUGGGGAGGAAAUAA